AUGUCGAAACUGAGUUACAUAUCGUCACCCAACUCGACUCAAACUGAUUACGUGUCCAUUGUUGAUGUUCUCGAAAAUAGAGCCAAGGAAACGCCCGAUAAAGAAAUAUGUAUACACAGAUUACCAGACGGAGGGAGGAAAGUUCUCACAUACGAGGAACUCACACGGAAGUCUACAAAACUUGCCAAGUAUCUUGUCUCCAUAGGGAUCAAAGUCGGAGACAAUGUGGCUAUCAUGGGAUCAAAUAAUCUGGAAUGGAUCAUUGGAGAGUUUGCUAUUUUUAUUGCUGGGGCUGUUGCUGUCCAAUAUCAAGGAAGCGGUCAAGUUUUCAACGAGACGGUGCAUUUACUUAAGUCAGUCCGGUGUAAAGCUGUUCUACUUGAUCCCCAUGCUGAUCAGACAUAUCUCUCGGAAAUGAAGAAAUACUUUCAGGUAAAGGACACGUCAAGCGAAGGUGAUGAGAAACCACAAGUUGUAUUACUUCAGAAACCAGAUGGAGUACCAUUACCUUAUAUUGGUGAUAUUCUGUCAGCAGAAGAAGAUCCUAAAGUAGCGUUGCCAAGAGUUCAACCAGAGAGUUCAGCUGUUAUCUUCACUACGUCGGGGUCAACCGGUGUCCCAAAAAUGGUCGAAUUUACACAUCUUGCAAUUACAAAUUCGCCAAUGAAAAGCUACUUCUGUUCAGAGAAUGAAAUCGUUUUUUCAGACAGACCGUUCUCUUGGUUGGGAGGAUCGCCAUUAUACCCCAUUGUAGGUGGAUUUGCUCGCAUUUUCACAGAUCCAAAAAUUAUUUUGGCGGAAGAGAAAAUUCAGAAUGUUUGGGAAAUCUUAAAAGCAGAAAAGUGUACAGUUGCAUUACUUUUUCCAUACGCAUUAAGAGAUCUUCUUGAUCACGAAGAAGAAAUCCUGAGUAUGAAGUAUAAGCCUAUUUCGAUUUUCACUGGAGGCCAAAAACCUGGGAGUCACCUAAAUGCGAUGUCCGGUAAAUUCUGUGAAGAAAUUUACAGUGUUUAUGGAUCAACGGAAGUAGGCAAUUUAUCAAAAAUUUCUCUGGCGGCAGAAACGGAAGUAGAUCAUGUGGGAGAAAUAACACCUGGUUAUGAAGUUAAAAUUAUUGGAAACGAUGGUGAAACGUUAGUCUGUGGUGAAAUUGGUGACAUUGUUAGUCGAUCUCCAUGGAUGUUGAAAUCUUACAAGGACUCUCCAGAGCUCACCAAGGUUUCCUUUACUGACGGAGGUUGGUUCCGUAUGGGUGAUACAGGUUUGAUCACAGAAGAUGGAAAGUUGUUUGUGAAGGGAAAAGCAGGAGACGUAAUAAAGAGAGGGACGAAAAAAAUCCUAUACAGCUAUGUGGAAAUGGCGAUUACCUGUUUUCCUGGGGUUACAGAGGUCGUUGUUGUAACUGUACCGGAUGAACGUCUUCUAGAAGAGAUAUGCGCAUGCGUUAUUUUUGAAGACGAGGCCAGAAUCACAGAAAAUGAUCUCAAAAAAAUGUGUUUUGAAAAACUAGGCGAUAACAUCAUAGGAGACUCUCCUACUUUUUUUCUUGUGUUUGAAAGUUUCCCACGUCUAAACAAUGGGAAAAUAGAUAGAAUCAACACUAAGAAACAAGCUAUGGAAAGGCUGAAUCGUUGA